AUGUCCCAUGCGACAACACCUAUCAAAGGUCCUUCGACCGUCGAUUGCGAAGUCCUAACGGACAUUCAUACACAAUCAAAUUUAGCGGAAGUUGAAGUCGUUAGUCUUGUUCAAGAAUUAAUUCCACGUUAUCGUUUACGUGCUGAUACUGAUUUUGCUUGUUCACACGAGAAUUUUAUUCAAACACCACGUAUUGACGGUUCUGAAUUUGAAUCUUUAACAGACACACAAAUUCGUGCUAUUUUAGAUUAUUACGUUUUAUCUACUGAUCGAAUGAAUCAAAUGACAAAAACAUAUCAUGAUAUGAAUGCUGUAACUCGCAUGCUUGAAGAGCGCGAGAAUGAUCUACAAACGGCUGUCAGUUUAGGUUAUACAUUACUUUCAAGUAAUGAUUCAUUACGUAAUCAAGUUGCAUUACUGGAACAAGAUAUUGACCAAACAACAGAAAUUGUUAAACAACUUAAACAUGACUUACUUCUUAAAGAACGUCUUAUUCGAUUUUAUUACGAUAUGGACCUUGAUAUGUCACCAAAUGAAUCCAAACAAAUAGAUUGUCAACAUUACGAACAAAAAAUUCGUAAUCUUGAAUAUGAAAAUCGAGAAUUGCGUACUGAAAGCGUGCAAUUGAAACUUGAAUCCGAAAAUUUGGAACAUCAAGAACAAGCCAUUGUUGAUCAUUUUGCUCAUGCUUUAGCAAAUGCAAAUUCUGAAAUUGAAAAUUUACAAGAAGAAAUCUGUAAAAAAAAUGAAGAAAACGUUAAACAACAAGAUGAACUUAUGCAUCUAUCCUAUGAAAUGCGAGAAAUUCAUCGUCGAUUAAAAGAAUUAAAGAAAGAAAAUGAUGAAUUAAAAAUUCUUUUAUCAUUAACUGGAAAAACUCGUCAUGAAUAUGAAACAAAAGUAAAUUAA